AUGUGGCCUGAAGUUGAACAAGCUGCAUCCAAACAUCGUUAUGAAUUAGUUUUAUCUGGUGAUAAAAUAACAAAACGUUUAGAAGUAAAAAAUGAAUUAGAUCCAACAAUUUGGACGUUAAUUCAAUUGAAUUUUCUUGAAAUAAGUCAAUGUCCAUUAGUUGAAACAUUAUCUGAAGAUAUUGGAAAAUUGAUUAAUUUAUCAACAUUGACAUUAACAUCAAAUAAACUUUAUAAAUUACCAGAACAAAUGAAAAAUCUUGAAAAUAUGCGUCAUUUGAAUUUAUCGAAUAAUCAAUUGAAGGCAAUAAAUCAAGAUUUUUUUCUUCAAUUAAAUCAUUUAGAAACAUUAAAUUUAAGUAAUAAUCUAUUAGAAAGUCUUCCACCAUUUUCAAGUGAAAACAAUAAAAAAUUGGCUAUUAUCAAUUUAUCACAUAAUAAACUUGAAAUGCUUCCAGAUUUUCCAGAACAAUUAGAAAAUCUUUCACAAAUUGAUUUAUCAUCCAAUCAAUUUAAAGAUUUCCCAAAAACGCUUUUACAAAUAAAUUCAUUAAAAAUUCUUAUAAUCGAUUCAAAUCAAUUAACUGAAAUUCCAAGUCAAUUGAGUCAAUUAAAUCGAUUGAAAGAAAUUCGAUUUAAAUCAAAUCCAUUGAAAGAUAAUCGAUUAAAAAAAUUAAUGGAACAAGAUAAAUUCAAAGCUGUUUUAGAGUAUUUAGCUAAGCAAUGGAAUGAACAACAAAAAUCCAUAACAACAACAACAACAACAACGUCAAAAUCCCUUCCGGCAAAACAACAAGAAUUAAAUGAAGAAUAUCAAAAUAAAAUUGAAAUUUUACAUUAUGAUCAACCAGGCGAUUUAAAAGGAAGACAAAUAACCAUAUUACCUCGAGUUCUCAAUGUUCGACCUCAUAUAUUAUGUUGUAUUGUUCGAAAUAUUGAUUUAGAAACUCCAGGAAAUUUAAAGAAAUUUUUAAAUCUUCAAAAUGAAUUACAUGAUGAAAUUUGUCAAAAACGAACAUUAGCAACAAUUGGUACACAUGAUUUAUCAUUAAUAUCAGGAAACUUAAUAUAUGAUGCUCGGGAUCCUGACGAAAUAGGUCUUGUACCACUUGGUAAAGGUCCAAAAUUAGUUUCAGCAAGAGAUUUCUAUGAUCAAUUAUGUCGAGAGGCUGAACAUGAAAGAAAAUUAAAAAAACGAAAUCAACUUUCAGGUCUUAACAAAUAUUUAACAUUAUUAGAAGAUCAACAUGAUUUUCCUUGUUUAUCUGAUCAAGAUCGAUAUGUUAUUUCACUUCCACCAUUGACAAAUGCUGAAAGAAGCAAAUUAAGUCCAUCAAGUGAAUCAAUAUUAAUUGAAAUAACUUCAAAUCAUUCAAUGGAUAUUUGUCGUCGUGUUAUGGAUUUAAUUUUACAAAAAAUGAUUGAAAUUAAAUUAGGAAAAACAAGUAAAGAUUUGAAUAUUCGACAAACAUUAAUAUUGCAACAAACAAAAGUUGUUGAUGAUAAAGGACAAUUAAAAACAACAUUUCCAUCUCGUACUGAUCUUCAUUGGAAUGAAAAUUCUAAUUUACCGAUUUUAAUUGAAAGAUUAACGAUUGAAAAAUAA